CCAUCGUCUUCCUUCCAGAGCCUCACCUCGCCAUCGUCGCCAUGGAGCACCUCCUGCUCCCUCUCCUCCCCCACCGCCCCUCCCAACCCCUCCUCCUCCUCCUCCGCCAUCGCCGCCGCCCAUCCAUCCCCCGGGCAUCAUCCGGCGACCCCUCCCCCACCGCGGCCGAUGCUCCGACGGACGCUCAGUCCGCCACGCCUCCCUCCUCCGGCGCCAAGCCCACCGGCGUCAAGAACCGCCUCCGCGCGAGGAACCAAGCUCGCCGCGUCCAGGAGUUCACUCCGCCGGCGCCGUUGGGGAUCACCAUGAAAUCCAAGUCGUCGUCGUCGUCGAGGCCGGCUGCGUCGAAGUCGUCGGCGUCGGCUUCGGCUUCGGCGGCGACGCGCAGGGAGAAGCAGACGAGGAGGAAGGAGUGGGAGGAGAUGAGCAUGGCGGAGAAGGCCGGCGAGCUGUACGUCGGGGAGAAGGGGCUCCUCUUCUGGCUCAACAAGUUCGCCUACGCCUCCAUCUUCAUCAUGGUCGGCGCCUGGAUCCUCUUCCGCUUCGUCGGCCCCUCCAUUGGCCUCUACCAGCUCGACGCGCCGCCGCUCGCGCCCACCGAUGUCUUCGCCGGCUCGCCGUGAGCGCGUCGCCGGGGGCGUGUUCUUGAUUACCAUCGAGAUCGAGUACUCUACUAGAUUCUAGGUACCUAGUGUAUAGCAGAUGAUUAAGGAAAAUGUGGAUCAUUUGGUCGAGGAAGCAGAGGAUGUAAACUAGUGUUGCUGUGUUGGCGAAGAUUGGUCGAGGAAUCAGAAUGUAUAAAUUGCACUGCACAAUUUUGGAGUUAAAAUGUUUGAGAUAUUUUGCUGCGAAUUGUGGGUGUGAGUAUUCCUGCUAUCUUGCUACAAUUAUUAACCAGGAAAUUGUUGUGUUCCUCCCUGGUUAUCUUCACUUUUUGCAUGUUCUUAGUUACCUAGUGUAGCGUAUGAUUAAGGAAAUGUGGAUCAUUUGGUCGAGGAUGCAGAGGAUGUAAACUACUGUUGCUGUGCUGGCGAAGAUUGAUCGAGGAAUCAGAAUGUAUAAAUUGCAGUGCA